GGAAAGUUUCUUGUCAGGCAUUCUUCUCGAAGGAGAAGACUCUCGUGUUGCUGGUUUGGAAGAGCUGACUGUUCCAAACACCCAAGAAGUUGUGCAGGCAAGCCGCGGUACAAAGGGAACCAGGAGAUCAAAAAAUUUCCAUUACAAGGAGGACGAACUAGUGUGCUUGGGGUGGUUGAAAGUUAGCAAAGAUCCCGUCAAUGGGGCUAAUCAAUCGCGUAGCACAUUUUGGGGAAGAGUUCAUGCUUACUAUGAGGAACACAAUGAAACUGGAGCUGUUCGUACAGAGAGUUCGAUCAUGCAUAGGUGGCUGACAAUUCAAUUCCAAGUCAACAAGUUUUGUGCAGCUUAUGAGGCCAUUACACGUAGGAAUCAAAGUGGCACAACUAUCACAGAUAAGAUUAACGAUGCAAAAAAGCUCUACACGGACUGGGACAAGGACAAAAAAUCUUUUGCUCUUGAUCAUUGUUGGAACAUACUCAAGGAGGAGGACAAGUGGAAAGCCAAGAUGGUAGAACUUGCUGAGCUAGAGAAAAUAGCAGCAAACAAGAAGAAGCAAAAAAGUGCAAAGGUGUCGAGGCCAAGGGAUCAAGGAGCCACUAAUAAUGAUCACGUCGUAGCUGUUGAUGCCGAAGAAACCGAGCCAAGGAAAAGGUCUGAUGGGAUCAAGAAGGUGAAAGAAAAUCAUAGGCGAGGAGGUGGUGAGGCUUGCAUGGCAGCCAUGGAGAAGAUGUGGGCAAAGAAGGAGGAGUCCGAUAAGGAAAAAGAGAAGGCGAAACAGGAGAGGUUCAUGGCUUCACUUGCAAUAGACAAGGAAGCACUAGAGUUGGAGAAGAAGAGGGCUGAUGCAGAUUUAAAAAGAGCUGAAGCCGAUUUGCUCAAAGAGGAAAAAGAAAUCAUGAUGGCGGUCAGUGGCCCUCUCCAGCUUCAGUGGCUUGAGAUGAUGCAACAGCAGAUUGUGGCUAGGCGUCAAGGAAAUUCAACUUAGUUUCAUUUGUUUUCCUAUGCAUCACAAGAUUUUCUUUACUUUUUUUAGUUUGCUGUCAAAGCAU